UGAUGGGUUAGCUAUUCUUUCCUCCUUUCUUUCACCUCCCUUCCCUGCUUUUCUUUAUAUGGUCAUCUCUUUUCUCUUUUCUUCCAUUCCUUGUAAUGCUUCUCUCUCUCUCUCUCUCCUUCCCCACCAUUCUGUGUGUGUAUUUGCUUUCCUCUAAAAUGCCAAAAAAUUUCUCUACAUGCUAUAUCUUCUGAGCAUGCUUGUUUUGCCAAUCCAAGCUAGCUCCAGUAGUAAUCUUUGCAUCGAAAAUCGUAUAUAAUCUUAAACCAUCCAAGUUCUCUAGCUUCUUCAUCUCUGCUCCACCACCACCAAACGUCUCUCAAUCUUUUUAAAGAACUGCAACAUGUCAGCUGCCAUCGCCGCUGCCGCUGCUGCCGUGGCUUGCAAUUCUACAGGUUCAUCAAGAAACGGGAACAAUCAUCAACAGAUGGAACAGGCAACCUUAUCACCAUCACUGCCGCUACCACCGCCAUCGCUGCCAUUAAGUCGGUAUGAAUCCCAAAAGAGACGAGACUGGAAUACUUUUGGCCAGUACCUCAGAAACCACCGACCACCCUUAGCACUAUCCCGUUGCAGCGGCGCUCAUGUGCUGGAGUUCUUAAGGUAUCUUGACCAGUUUGGCAAGACAAAAGUGCAUAACCAGACUUGUCCAUUUUUUGGCCACCCACACCCACCAGCUCCCUGCCCUUGUCCACUUAAGCAGGCCUGGGGGAGCCUCGACGCGCUGAUAGGACGACUCCGGGCAGCCUUCGAGGAAAACGGUGGAUUGCCUGAGACCAACCCUUUUGGUGCACGCGCCGUUAGACUAUACCUUAGGGAAGUGAGAGAUUCACAAUCAAAGGCAAGGGGGAUAGCCUACGAGAAAAAGAAGAGAAAGAAGCCACAACAGCAGCAGCAGCAACAGUUACAAUCUACAAAUGGUUACAAUAAUCAAAUUCAUCACGGUGGUGGAGGAGGAGGAGGCGGCGGUGUUAGUGGUGGAUUUGUUGAAAGAAACAUGGCAAUUAGGGGGAUGAUUAAUAUGGGGUCUGUACUGAACUAAGGGGAUGCUGACGGGUUUCCUGUUGUGCUAGGGUUUAUGUUUUGUAGUAUUAGAUUGCAUUUUCUCAUCGUUUCUACUUGCUUUUGUUUAUAUAAGUAAUUAAAGAGAAAAUCAUUUCUUGUUUUUUA